UGCAUUACACGAGCCCUAAUGCCGCCGACUCCACCCGCCCUCCGCGUCAUCCCAAAACCCUAACUCGGGCGCCAGAAGCCUAUCUUUGUUCUUCCUGCCGCCCGUUCCUUUUCUGGGAUCGGCUGCGGCGAUGGCGAAGAUGAAGGAGAGGAAGGUGAACGUGUCCGGAAAGCCGAAGCACUCGCUGGAUGUCAAUCGGAGCAAUGGCGGCGCGGUGGACAAGGGCGCCCGGACCGCCGCGACGGUGCGGCGGCUCAAGAUGUACAGCAGCCGGCCGAAAAGGGAUCGAAAGGGGAAGAUCUUGAAGCACGAGCUCCAGUCCAAGGAGCUGCCUUCCACCCGCAUCGAGCCUGAUCGUCGAUGGUUUGGAAACACACGAGUCGUGAACCAGAAAGAACUCGAGUUCUUCCGCGAGGAGCUUCAGAACAGACUCUCGAAUAACUACAAUGUGAUAUUGAAGGAGAGGAAAUUGCCCAUGUCCCUUUUAAAUGAUCAUCAGAAGCAAGCCAAGGCACAUCUUCUUGACACGGAGUCUUUUGAGGAUGCUUUUGGGCCAAAAAGGAAAAGAAAACGCCCAAAACUUUUGGCAUUUGAUUAUGAAUCGUUAGUUAAAAAAGCAGAUAGUUCGCAAGAUGUCUUUGAGCAGAAAUCUGCUAAUUUUUUAUCCAAGGAGGUAGAUAAAGAGGAUGGCUUAAGAGACUUGGUCAGACAUACAAUGUUCGAAAAGGGCCAAAGCAAGAGGAUCUGGGGUGAACUAUACAAAGUUGUGGACUCUUCAGAUGUAGUAGUCCAGGUCUUAGAUGCUAGGGAUCCACAAGGUACAAGAUGCUUCCAUUUGGAGAAGCACCUGAAGGAGCACUGCAAACAUAAGCACAUGGUUCUUUUGCUGAACAAGUGUGAUCUGGUUCCUGCAUGGGCAACAAAAGGAUGGUUGCGGCUGCUGUCAAAGGAAUUCCCCACCCUAGCAUUCCAUGCAAGCAUCAACAAAUCAUUUGGCAAGGGUUCUCUUCUAUCAGUUCUUAGACAGUUUGCACGUUUGAAGAGUGACAAGCAAGCAAUAUCUGUGGGAUUUGUGGGGUAUCCUAAUGUGGGGAAGUCGUCUGUUAUUAACACACUUCGCACAAAAAAUGUUUGUAAAGUGGCUCCCAUUCCUGGAGAAACUAAGGUGUGGCAAUACAUUACUCUAACCAAGAGGAUCUUUCUAAUUGAUUGUCCUGGAGUGGUCUAUCAGAAUAAGGACUCUGAAACAGAUAUUGUUCUCAAGGGAGUGGUACGUGUCACAAACUUGGAAGAUGCUUCUGAACACAUAGGAGAAGUCCUGAAGCGUGUAAAGAAGGAACAUCUGCAGAGAGCAUAUAAAAUUGAAGACUGGGCUGAUGAAAAUGACUUUCUUGUCCAGCUGUGCAAGUCAACAGGAAAGCUUUUAAAGGGGGGAGAACCUGAUCUAAUGACUGCAGCAAAGAUGAUCCUCCAUGACUGGCAGAGAGGCAAAAUACCAUUUUUUGUGCCACCACCGCAGCAAGAAGGUAAUUCAUCAGAGAACUCAGAUGCACCGGAGACGACCACUGGAUCAGAUGCACCAGAGGGAAGCGCAGAUCCAACAAUAAGUGCAGACAGGACCACAGCUGCUAUGAAAGCUAUAGCAGGUAUUAUUUCAUCCCAGCAGCAGAUGCUUGUUCCAUCUCGUAAGGGCUUAUUUGGCGACGAGUUAGAGAAUGAGAAGUUGGAGGAGACGUUGGAAGAUGAUUCUGACCAAAAGUGUUGACCUCCAUCCCUGCAACACAUCUUGCAUUUUGGAGACGGCGGAAGUGACGUCUCUGGUGUUUCGGGAUGAUUGCGCUCCCUUUGUAACGAAUAUUACCGUUCAGAGACUGAAAGAUCAUUUUUCUAUGUUGUGGACAUUUGUCUUUCUUGUAAUGACUUUAUUGGUUUCGAUAAUUACACAAUUUUGCAUCAA